AUGGAUACGAGGGUGAUGGUAAAACAAACUGCUCUGAAUCCUUGCAAGUCCAGUCCAUGCGCCAAAGGAGGCUCAUGCAAAUUCCAUGCCAAGGAAGAUUAUCGCUGUAUUUGUACGCCAGGUUACCAAGGCAACCGUUGCCAAGAAGAUAUCAAUGAGUGCAACAUGACGUCACCAGUUUGCCACGGCAAUGCAAUAUGCAGUAAUACACAAGGAUCGUUUAUUUGUUCAUGUAAAGAUGGAUACGAGGGUGAUGGUAAAACAAACUGCUCUGAUAUCAACGAAUGCACAACAAAGACACACACUUGUGACACAGAUUAUGGUGAUUGUGUCAACACUAUUGGCUCCUAUGUGUGUAAUUGUAAGACAGGCCUUUACUUCAACGGCACUAAAUGCAUCAGAUACCAAUACAGAGGUCUUGGAAACUCGUCAAUAAUGACCAACUAUGGGAAUGAGAGCUAUUUCCAGGCACUCUCGGGAUAUUUAAAUCCAGUUUUGAAGCACAACGACAGUUACUGGUUGAAAUGUUGGCACGGCCAAAAAGAUGGUUUCAUAUCAGCAACAUUUCAUGCUCUAUGUGACGGCAAAGGACCCACUGUGGUGAUAGUCAAUGUCAAGAAGUUGUACAUUUUUGGGGGCUAUGUAGAURUKUCUUGGCAUACAAAUGGACAAUACAGUUCCGAUGUCUCAUUCCUGUUUUCCUUGUACAACAACCUUCAUGGUUUCCACCCAGUGAAAUUGAACAUAACCAUAAAACCGGAAGCCAUGUUUGGAAAUGCCAAUUGGGGACCCUCAUUUGGUCGACGCGGGUACGACCUUUAUAUCUGCAACGAAGCCUCGACUAGAGCAUGUUCACUUGCCUUUGCAAUUUCAUAUGAAACACCGCCAGGAUGCACAACUGGGAAGAUAUGCAACUUUAUGGCAGACACCUAUCAAUUCUUUGUUCAUGACAUUGAGGUGUUUUACGAGAUUGACGGAAGUGCUUUGUAA